GCAGUUGCAGACUAACUAGAAUUUAAGCGAGCUUUAUUUCAUCACCAUUUCAUCAAUACAUCAUUAUAACUCUCCACAUACAUUUUGGGAUCAAACAACUAAUCAAUCGAGAGAUGGAAGGUAAAAAUUUGAUCGUAAGUGUGCUCGUAAUGUGUCUGUUCAUGGCACAAAUUCAAGUUGACGCAAAGAGCUGCUGUCCGUCCACCAAUGCUAGAAAUAUCUAUAAUGUUUGCCGCUUUGGGGGAGGUUCCAGGCCAAUGUGUGCAAGCAUCAGUGGCUGCCAAAUCGUUAAUGGGUCAUGUCCUAGCGGAUACACAAAAGACAUUCUCGAAAACAUAGGUGAUGUUGUCAAUAAGUUCUGCAAAUUGGGAUGUGUUUCCUCUGUGUGUGGUGCCUUAAUCACUCUCCAGAAUGAUGCUAGUGAAAUCGUGAAUGAAGCGGUUAAAAAAUGUGCCAACGCAUGUUCCACAGUAUGCACCAAGGGUUCGAUAAAUGCAGUUGAAACUGCCUAGACAACCAAACCAUAUCCUUUCAUAAAGAUAUCACGUGCAUCUGGAGGUGAAGUGGGUGGUCAUCUUUCACGGUGUUGUUUUUCAUGUUUUCAAUAAUUGUCGUGUAUGUGACAAAAACGUUAAGACUCUUGUGUCCACGUUUUAAUAAUUAAGUGUUUUCAAAUUUGUGUAUGUGUGUAGCAGACUAUCGAUCAUUAGAUUAUAUAUGUCUUCUAUUUCCUAUCUUUUUAAUUAAUUAAUAAUCUUGUUUCUUUACUAA